AUGGAUGUGAAGUUCAUAUUAAUUACAUCCAUUAACAUUUCCUUUUCCCUACAGGUUCUGUACUUCGCCUUUGCUGUGGGCGUGACUGUCGCCUUUAGGGACUACAACGUACCCAUUCCCUAUGGUGCAAGAUAUAAUGGUGGUGGACAUGGCCGUGGCCGUGGUGUUGGCCGUAUUCGUGGCUAUGGUGGUGGACAUGGCGGUGGCCGUGUCCGUGUCCGUGGCCGUGGCAGUGUUCGUGGCCAUGGUGGUAGUAGCGGCUUCGGAAGAAGCGGCUUCGGAGGAAGCGGCUUCGGAGGAAGCGGCUUCGGAGGAAGCGGCUUCGGUGGCGGUUUCGGCAGCGGCGGUUUCGGCGGCGGUGGCUUCGGCGGCGACGGCGGCUUCGGCGGUGGCAGCUUCGGAGGUGAUGUUGGCAGCUUCGGCGGUGGUGGUGGCGGCUUCAGCGUUGGUGGUGGCGGCUUCAGCGUUGGUGGUGGCGGCUUCCGCGGUGGCUUCGGAGGUAAUGGCGGCCGCCUCUGUACGGGCGGCACCGUGCUGAAGGUUGACGGCACGUGUGUGCAUCCUAUACGUACUGAACGUGUGUACGUAUUUGACGCGCCUAAAGAACCAAGAGAGUUCAUCCCGCCCCCAGUCAUCCCUCCGGCCCGAGUGGAUACGAAUGUACUAAUCCUCCACGCCCCUGAUAAGGUUGAACAGCCUGGACUCAUCCUCGUAUCACCGCCAAGGCAGGAGAACGUCGUGUACGUCUUGAACAAACAGGAGGAGCGGAAACAAGAAGUCAUCGAGGUCCCUAAACCGAAACUCGUUAAUCAAAAAAUAUAUUUCGUUAACUACGGUGAAGGCGACAAUACGAUUCUGCAUGGGGGUAUCAGCCUUACAUCUACUCUCGAAAAUUCAGUUUACUCCUUGGACGAGCUCAUCGAUGGUGACUUAGGUGGAAACUUUAUUUUAGGCGAAAACGGUGAUUUUAGUGGAACGCAGGGUGGCUUUGGUGGCUCAACCUCAUCUGGCAGUGUCGGCCUUAACACUGGACUUGCCAGUUAGGGUAACGUUUGUGGGGGUAGUUUUGGUUCCUUCAGUACUGCUGGUAUUGUUGGUGACGCUGGCGGUUUUGUAUACGGAGAUAGACUUGUUAGUUAAGCUUCGAUCGCGAGUGCCCAACCUGGUGGUGUAGAGGAGGCCUGGGACCGCAACUUGGAGCUGGUGGAAGUGUUUUGAGUAUUUUAUUUUUAAUGAUGUUUGUAGAUAUAUUUUCUUAUGGUAGAAACAGCCUAUUCUAGUCAGGCAGAUUUGUUUGUUAAACAUUUAUGAAUUGUAAAUACAUUUCAUAUCUGAA